AUGCACUUCAAGCCAAUUGAUGCCCUAAGACGACCCUUCAAGUUGCCAUCACGAGUGUCCAAAUUUGGUAAACUGGAAUGGUCUAUCCCCUACCAGCCCAACUGCAAGCGCGCCAUAGAGGACAGGGCUAGCUACGCAUGUGUUACAGUGUUAGUAAGCACAGCAAGUGCCAGGACUCGAGCAUCGGUGGAUACUUUUGCUAUUGCCUACGUCCAUGAUGGCUGCCCGGAAUACCAACCACCUCCGCUGCCUCAACCGCCUCUACCUCCGCCAGCAGUUUAUGGCUCCAUCAAGCCUGGAACAGAUUGUCCAACAUCAUGUGGGAACAUCGCCAUCCCGUUCCCCUUCGGCACAAAGCUAGGCUACUUUGCAGCUGCCCAUCUCUACUUAGCAUGUAUGCCAGGGACCGUUCUUCCUGUCCUUGAAUUGACUAGUCGAAUGGUCGUAAGUGACAUAUCUCUUGACGAUGGUGUCUUGCACAUUCGUGAGGAAUCUGAGCCGGACGGUUUCUUCUCUGGAUCGGGCUCAAACUCUGCGCUCUACUCCUUGUCCGGGAAAUGGGGAGUGGUGAAAUGGGCUGUUGACAAAAUGGCAUGCGAACAUGCAAAGCUAGACAAGAGCGAGUACAGAUGCUUGAGCUCCCAUAGCGAGUGCAUCGAUGUCACCGAUGAUGGAACACUCAAACAUCUGGGUUACCGGUGCAAGUGUUCUUCUGGUUUUGAAGGAAAUCCUUACAUCAAGGAUGGAUGCACAGAUACCAACGAGUGCCUACAGCCAGAUAAAUACAUCUGCAAUGGUAUAUGCCACAAUAAAUUCGGGAGCUAUACAUGCACCAGUACUGUAAUAUUAGGUGUCAGCAUUGGACUAGGCAGUGGUGGUGCAAUCCUCUUUCUUGCUGUGAUUGCUGCCGUUGUGACGCGGAGAUGGAAGAGAAACGUCGAGAAACGUCUGAGAAAGAGGCAUUUCCAUAAGAAUAGAGGCAUUCUGCUACAACAGCUCGUCUCUUCAGACGAAAGUGCCAGCGACGGCACGAAGAUAUUCUCCCUGGAUGAGAUGCAGAAGGCAACCAACAAUUUCGAGCACACUCGUGUAGUCGGGCGCGGGGGGCAUGGCACCGUCUACAAGGGCCUCCUGGCCGACCAGCGCGUUGUCGCCAUCAAGAAGUCAACGCGUGUGGUGAUGAGCGAGAUUGACCAGUUCAUCAACGAGGUGGCCAUCCUUUCGCAGAUCAACCACCGCAACGUGGUGAAGCUCCAUGGAUGCUGCCUCGAGUCAGAGGUCCCCCUGCUCGUCUACGAGUUCGUCUCCAAUGGCACGCUCUACGACCUCUUGCACCGCUCCUCCGGGUCGAAGCAGGACGGUGGCGUGUCGCCCUUGUCCUGGAAGGAGCGUUUGAGGAUCGCCAUCGAGAUCGCCGGAGCCCUCGCGUAUCUGCACUCCGCAGCUUCUGUGUCCAUCCUACACAGGGACGUCAAAUGCAUGAAUGUGCUCCUGACGGACAGCUGCACCGCCAAGGUAUCAGAUUUCGGCGCAUCGAGGCUGAUCCCGAUGGAUCAGACACACCUGGUGACCGCUGUCCAGGGCACAUUCGGGUACCUGGAUCCGGAGUACUACCACACCGGUAUGCUCAACGAGAAAAGCGACGUUUACAGCUUCGGGGUGAUCCUUGUUGAGCUGCUGACAAGAAGGAAACCCAUCAUCGAGAACGAGCAGGGCGAGAAGCAAAACCUAUCUAGCUACUUCCUGUGGGCUAUGAGGGAGAGGAGGCCUUUCCAGGAGACACUGGACGUGCACAUCUUGUUGGAGGAAGGACUCAGCGAGGAAGAGGUCAUGUGCGUGGCUCGGUUGGCAGAAGAGUGCCUCAGUCUCACUCGAGGGAACAGGCCUACCAUGAAAGAUGUGGAGAUGAGGCUGCAGCUCUUAACUGGGCGCCGUGUUGCACGGCCGGCCGGCCAGGAACAGGUGGCGCCACUGCCGCGCUGUGGUGGCGAUGUCCCAGUGAUUGGUGAGCACGGCUCACGACAGUUCAGCCAAGAGCAGGAGUUUGUGUCGUCUCUGCAAGUACCGCGCUAG